AGGCUUUGUGGUUUUGUCUCCCUCAUGUGGCCACACUUCUUCAAACUUGUUGCAGUACUGGACUCGCCAUAACACAUAGCAGCUAGCUAGCUAACCUUAGCAAGUCAGUAUCCUGCAGCAGCCGUAGCGCAGAGAAACUCGUGCUCCGUCCAAAUACCAAUGACAGGGAUACUAAAACUACAAAUAUGCGUCUGGAUACUUACUGAUACUAGGCUGGCCACAUUUCCCUACCUUUUCUGCCACACUCUACGAAGCUAUCUCUGAUCUGAAAACCACUCAGCUGAACUCUCGGAUAUGGAUCCUGAACGUCUGAAACGAAGAGAGGAAAUCCAGAAAGCAAUGAGCUUUAUCCAGUCAUCAUUGCCUUUCCCAGAGCCUGAGAGUUAUGAGGCGUUUCUGACCCAGUUGGUGUGUAACUUGCUGGAUGAGGGAAAUUCUUGUUUUCGAGAUGGGGACUGUCGUCAGGCAACCCAGCAGUACGGGGAGGGGAUAAGUGUUGCCCGCUACGCUCAGGCUGAGGCCCUUGUCAUCCCCAAAGAGCUGCUGGAGAGCCUCUAUGUCAACAGGGCAGCCGCCUUCUACCAGACGAGGGAGUAUGAGCGUGGUGUUCAGGACUGUGACAGCGCACUGUGUGUGUCAGAAGGCAGUCGCAAAGCAUUGUACCGCAAAGCAAUCUGUCUGAGGGAGCUUGGACGAUUCAGAGAGGCCUACGAGUGUGUAACCAAAUGUCUCCUCACAGCACCUCAUGACAGGCAGGUGAGUGACCUUGCUCAGGAUUUAGCUAGUAAACUGGGUCUGAAAGGUCGUAAAGCUUAUGUCAGCCUACAGACAGAAUCCACGGCCACAGAAGGGGAGGGUCAUGGGGAGAGCUCUCCACCCACAGGAGAGAUGUCGUCCAAUGGGCUGGAAUCUCUGGGCGACAUUGGGCCAGAAGGCCUGUCUAGUGCGCAGUGCAUCCCUGCACCCUUGGCCACACCAAUCCCAGUGAGCGACGAGCCGGCAAGCCCCGUAGUGUCCCCCUGCACUGACCUGUCAGAGAGCCCCAGCAGCCAGGCUCUGCCUCCUAUGCCGUAUUCUGUCCCCGUGUCGGAACACAUGGAGGAAUGCGGCAGCCUCAAGGACGAGCUGGACAGUCUGCUCGAGUGCAUCCCUAAGAAAGUCAGUGAAAGUCCAGUCCAGGGUGCAAUCCCAACCAACCUCCCCAACACAGCGAUGGGUCUUCGGCCUCCGUACUCUCCAAGCCUUCCAGCCCCAUCACCCCAGCUUCCCUCAGCCUUUUUCAGCUCCUCCAUCAGCGAAAUUUCCCCCCUGGAGCCUUACCUGCCUCUGGCCCAGAGAGACCAGGGCUCCACCCAGGCGCAGGACGCACUGGGAGGCUUCUCCACUGGGGCUGCAGAUGGAGAAGGGAAGACAGGAGUUGCUGCUGGCGGGCUGGACUCGUUGUCUGAGUACACUCUCCCUGGGGGCCGAGUGUGUCAUAGCUUCAUCCCUGGAAUGCGCAACCACAGUGCUGCACAUGCAAAUGGUCCAGCAGGAACCAACCUGUCUCUGCUCUCCAGGAACCCCCUCGCAGCUACACAUGAGUUUCGUCAGGCCUGUCACGCCUGUUAUAGCAGAAUAGGUCCACGAGUGAUGGACUACAAGUAUCAGCCAGAGGCAGCACACCGCUGCAAAAGGGACGUGCUGCUAUGCCGCAUCAAAAGCACAGAUGACCCUACUUGGAAGAGGAUCAGGCCACGACCGGCACGGAACAACUUCUUGGGGGCAUUUGUGCUCUGUAAAGAGGUGCAGGAGCGUCAGGAGUGCCAGUACGGGGAGAACUGUACGUUUGCGUACUGCCAGGAGGAGAUUGAUGUGUGGACUCAGGAGAGGAAGGGAGCGCUGAGCAGAGAGCUGCUGUUUGAUCCACUGGGCAGUACAGAGAGACGGGCACUCAGUGUCACCAGACUGCUGCAGCUCCAUAUGGGCAUGUUCAUGUUCCUCUGUGAGGAAUGUUUUGACAGUAAGCCUCGCAUCAUUAGCAAACGCAGCAAAGAAAACUUAUCGGUGUGCUCGAACCUCACAGCUCGACACCCAUUCGACGACAACAAGUGCCUUGUGCACGUGGUGAGGUCAGCCAAUGUACGCUACAGUAAGGUGCGUCCCCUGCAUCCUCUCUGCCAGUUCGACGUGUGCCGCCACGAGGUUCGCUAUGGCUGCCAGCGUGAAGACAGCUGCUCCUUCGCUCACUCUGUAAUAGAGCUGAAAUGCUGGGUCCUGCAGCAGGAUACUGGUAUCACCCAUGAAGAGAUGGUGCAAGAGUCCAAGAGGCACUGGCAGAGGUUGGAACAGAACGCACAGAAGCAGCAGAAGCCCAUUCACAUACCCCAUCCAAGUAGCAGCCUACCUGCAGGAGGAGUGGGGGGAAUGGGGGGUGGCGGAGGUGUAGGUGGAGAUGGCCUCGGUGGGGGUGGUGUGAGUCCGAUGGGCGGGAUGGGGGUGGGAGGGUUGGGAGCGGUGGCUGGAAGAGGACGACCCCUCAACCUGAAAAUGAAGUUUGUGUGCGGCCAGUGCUGGAGAGAGGGACAGGUCAACGAGCCCGACAAGAACCUCAAGUACUGCACGGCCAAAGCACGGCACAGCUGGACAAAGGAGCGCCGGGUCCUUCUGGUGAAAUCCUUUGAGAAGAAGAAAUGGGUCGUUGUCCGGCCUCUACCUUUCUCCCGCACAUAUCCACAGCAAUAUGACAUGUGUGUGCAUGUAAUGAAGCAGAAGAAGUGCCACUAUAUUGGGAACUGCUCAUUUGCCCACAGUCUGGAGGAGAGAGAUGUCUGGACGUACAUGAAAAACAACAGCUUGAGAGAUAUGCAACAGAUGUAUGAACUGUGGCUUCAGCUCACCAAUCAGAGCAGACGCACAGACAGCUCAGCUGUGACCCCGCCCCCAGAGGACAAGCAGGUCACCAUAACAGCAGAUUAUACAGAGGGCAUGGGAGGACGGGGGUUGUCAGACGGAGACGAUCUCUGAGCUUGAGCAGAUGCAGCUGAUCGCCGCUGAGCUGCAGACUAAGAGACAGGCUUGCUAUACCAGCUACAAUUCACCCGUCUGUCACUUUGCCAGUCUGACCUCUUCGAGCAUCUAGCCCGCAGUGUGAGAGCAGAUCGACAAACAACCACCCUCAUACAUGUACACACACAAGCAAACACAGUCUCACCGCACAUUAUAUACCGACCACAGGCACCAGUCAGCACCGAGAGAACGCUGCAGUUACACACAGCAUCUUAAGGUUUCCAUUCAACAGAUCUUACCACAGAAAUUCCACAGACAGCUUGUUUAACCCUGAUUUAAGUCAGCUAGUAUUCCCUAGAGCUCUUAGACUGAGUAUCUAUUUUUCUUUUUUGUGUUCUGAACUCCUCGCAGCACUGAAACAAUUCCUGGUGGGCGCGCUGGUCGCAGCUCAUACAUUUUGCUUGGUGAUAGUUCAAAACUUAUUUGAAGCUUGGCACUUGUACGUGUGACAUUUUUUCUUUGUAGUGCCAAAACUGCUGAGCCCUCAGUGCUGUCAACGGCUAACAAGACUGAAGAAACUAUAAGCAAUGUAAAAAGAGGUUCUUGGUGGAAACUUUUCUUUGAGCAACUAAAUUCUACUCUCCUUCCUUCAUGGGAACGUAGAGAGAGAGAGGCAGAAUAACUUCUAGGGAUUCAAUAUUUUGAGCUUUUUUUUGUCCCAAGGGGAGUUUUACUUCCCUGUUAUAUUGUCUGCCAUAUUGGUAGAGUGCUAUGAAUGUAACGCCUGCACAGGCCUUUAAAAAUAGGAAAUUAGUCAUUUAAAACGUUGCUGUGGUUGUGGAAUGUUUUCAUAGAAGACUAUUUACAUGCUCAAAAACAAGACGGUGUAACAGAAUUUUUCCCGUCUUUAGUGAUAUAACACAACCCCGCUUAAAACCCUAUCAGCAGCCCCUUCAUUGGACAAACGCACAGCUUACUCCUGUAGUCAUUUUCAGCUUACGUCCAGGUGAAUCAAGCACGCAUGACUGUAGGCGCCCUGUAGGUUGACACAAAGGGGGGAGGCCGACACGUCUUAAUGAUUCACCUGUUGCUAAGUUGGACACGGCUAAUGGCUGAAAGCAAUCGUUGCCAAAGCGACCUAGGUGCUAUUCACCAUCAUUACACUGUACUGGUAAGCAGCGCACAGAGACAUGCAGUGAGUGAAGAAGGGUUUCAAAGAUGUGACUGCAGCACACAUACAGUCCUAGCUAGAGCUGCUCUCAGCAAUAGAUCAGUUCAGACCACAGAUGCCCAUCACUGAAUGAUGACCUCACUUUGACUGAAGUUCAGAGGAAACACUGACUCUGCAGGAGAGUUCAGUUAAAAAUAAAAAGUUUUGUGAUCAUUUAAAGAGAAAAAAAAACGUCCAAAUGAAGGAUAAUAGAGAGCUGGGAAAAGAUUUCUGAUUGAAAGAUGAAAUAAUAAAUAAUGUAUGUUUCUAUAGUUUUGGGUAAUGAUAUUAAAGAUAACUUGGACGUAAGGGCAGGUCGCCACUUCUCCAGUUGAACUGGGGUCAUUGUUUGAUUGGAAACCAACCAUGCCCCACAGCCUUCUGAUGGACACCCGUGUUCCUCAUAUGCAACAAGAGUGUUGUGUUCCUGUUGGCUGAGGGCCCCUCACAUUAAUCUGCAUCAUGGGAAACCUGCUAGCUUAAGACAGGAUAAUGAUUCAUACCCCAUAUUGUGCCUAUAAACAACACAUCAACGUACACAUACACACACACUAACACACACAUUGGCAGAACACCUGUCGCUAUCCUAUUCAAGCCUUUACUGUGGCCGAGACACGACAGAGGUAUGUCUAUAUUCUGAUACAUAUACACACAUACUAUACAUAUUUACAUAUAAUGGUAUACUACUAAUGAUAAUUGAUAACUUAGCGGUUAAGCUUAAUAAAUAUAUAACCUGAAAAGCUGUAUUGAUUACAUAGAAGAACUCCUUGUAAUUGAGGUAUUGCUAUAUGACAUGUAUUGCUGAACUAGAUGACUAUAGUGAUUUUUUUUUUUUUUAAUGAUUAUUCUUUUUAUUUUGUAAUUUUUCCCUUCUGUGCAGGUUGUUCCAGACAGGGUUUGUGUGAAAAGGUUGCACCAGAGAUUGAUUUGAUUUGGUUUUCAGACUGAAGGUGUGGAGAUUGAUUUGUAAGGGUUAAACUGAGUGAACCCCCCCCCCACAGAAGAGGCGUUUUCUUUGUUCUGGAGUGGCUAAAGCAGAUUUACAGACUAUAUAAAUGUUGUUCUCCAAUGUAAACGGCUGAAUCAUGAAGAGCUGCACUUUCUGUUGCUUUUAUAUUUUGAGUAGUGAACUUGGCUCAGUGCACUUAAUCAACAGACAGUAUCACUGCAUUGAAAUACUGACAUUUCACACAUCAAAUCAGCAUUUGUGCAAAAUAUUUAAAGAUAAAGGAAAGACUUUUAUUUGUGUAAAAAAGUGUCAUAUAGUGUCUGUAGGCUCGACAUUAGGAUCAGUGGAUUGAUAGAUCAAGUAGUUUUGUCUUAAUCAUCCUGCCUCUUCAAACGGACACAAUCCCUAAUCAAUGAAUUAACUGAGGUGAACAAGUCCAUCCUGCAGACCUCAGGUCAGCUCUGCUGGUUACUCCACUGCUCUUUUUUGGGGGGGGGGUUGUUUAUAAUGAGCCCUUGUCUGGAACAGCCCAGGUAUUAGCUUCUCUGAGGGAUCGUAUUACUACUACUCCUAGUAUUAUGAUGAAUAUGAUGACGAUAAUGAUUGCUAUCUAUUGACUAUUUCUAUUUCUUCUCUAUAUGCUAUUGAUAUAUGUAUGUUAAUUGCAAUGUAUAACUCUCUUUAUAUAUGUAUCCAUGUAUGAAUAUAAUAAUUGACAGUAAUAUGCGUCUGUGUAUGCAGCAGUGCACAGCUCUGUCUGGGAGGCCGCGAGCAGAAGGUAGAUAUGACGUGUAAUCAGCUGCACACAGCUGCAGGCUGUUGAUCAUGUGAGACAGUGGAAGCAGUACAGUAGACCUGUUAUAGGUGAAUGUUGUCUGAGCUCUGUUUGUAGACGUUGGGAUUGUUUAGGCUCUGGUCAAAGGUAAACCUGUGUAACUGAUGAUUUAAGAUAACGGUUUCCGCCUCUACACAGCCGUAGUUUGAAUCCUACAAACAGAUCUCUCUGCUCGCUGCCUGUGCUGCACGUUAAUGUUUUAAUGGAUUCAAAGACAGAUCUGGAAACAAAGCAUACAUAGUAGCCUAUAUACUCCCAUAUAGCGCCUUAUUCAAUAUACUACACCUAUAAGAUGAUACAUACCCCUAUUGUAUAAUCUUGCUUAUAUAUACCCUAUAUUAUACCUGAUACCUAUUAUAAUACUUAGACACCCUUUAUGAGGUAAUUCAGCGAAGAGAUGGUGGAGCUGAUUUUUUUUCUGUGGCUGUGGAAGAGGUUGCUGUGGUCAGAAUGUGUUACCAUCUUGUUGCUUGAGGCGUUGUGAGGAGAGUGCGCCUCACUCAAAUGCUCUUUAUCAGUCUGUGAAUGUAAGGUUAGGUAACUUUAAAAUAACUAACGAUGGAAAAUCAACAUAUAGCCACAUAGCUUUAUCUGAUUCUGGCUCAUAAUGAUGUUGCAUAUCACCAUCAGAAGGAAAAAUUACAGAAAUACAUGAUACGGCUGCUGAUUUAUAUAAAUAAACCAGAGACCACUUGAUAAAAAGUCUGUCAUCCAUGUUGAGUCCCUUUUGAUUAAAGUUAUAUUGAAGAUAAAAAAAACGAGAGAGCGUUUGAGUGGAGGCUCCUCCUCCAGCUCUGGAGAAAGGCCAGCAUUCAUGAUGUUACUGACAUGCUCCGAAACAAACAAAGUAAACUGUGGAUACCCGGGCUGUUUGUUUGGUGUGUGUUGUCGAUGAAGGAGAAUCAUGACAAACUUACGGGGAGGCUGUGCUCGUGACAAAUCACACAUUUUGUUGGUGUUUCAUUUUAUCAAAAUUUGUGUUUGCAUUUUGAUGAAAUCAGCUCAAUGUAGCAAAUACAGCUUUAUGCUAAAAAGAAAAGGCAUGGGGAAAAAGUCCUGAAGAUUUAUAUAUUUACAGACUAAACUUCACUGUAUUAUAAUCAAACAACCCAGUCUGCACAUUCAAAUGGAAGUACUGCAGUUUGGAAAAAAACUGUUUUGGGAAAUACCUACAAAUUACUUAAAAGUCAUCUUUCACCCUCCUCUGAUAAAAGCAGCUUUAGUCUGAGUCUUGUCAAGUCCAUGCGGUUAGUUCUGGUCGUCGCAUCCUGCUGAGGUUUAAUGAAAUGACACAGUCCUCGACUUGGAUAAGUUUCUGAUCAAGGAAAAAAUCAUGUGACACACCCUGCUUUAUCCCUCUCCCCCAAAACCAGUUUGCAUCACAUGAUUCUCCCUCAACAACAUCACACCUACACAGCCUGAAAUAAAUCUUCAUUUAUCAGUUUUCUAUCAGUUAAAUUAAUUGGUUAUUCAAAUUGUUUUUUUAACAACUCAGAUAGAAAACCAGGGUUGCUAGAAGUGGAAAAACAAGGCCUCUUUUUGUACUGUAUUUUUACAUUUUGUUGUUUUAUGUUUUUUGUUUUGUCUUCUUGACUUUGUUUUCUCUUUUCUCCUCCCUGGUUGGAAGUUCAUGAUCACACAAGUGGACCAAAUCUCUUGAAAGCAUUUAAUAAACAGACUGUUUUAGAAAA